GUCGUCAGUCGUCCAUUUUACCUCGUAUAGGAUAUUUUUUCUUGUGUUAAAUCCCUUCAGUGGAGUAUAAUUUGUUCAAAAUGGGGCCAAAGUACGGGCCGAAGGUGUUUGCUCUUGUUUUUACCCUCGUGCAGGUCAGUGUAGCUUAUAUGGAGGUAGAUGAUAAAAUAACAUGUAGUAUGGGUAUUGCUUUAAAUUCCCUAAAGCAUGUACAUGUUACUCUUAAGGCAAGCAGCCUUGCAAAUUUGAGGUAUAUCUGAAAAAUUAUAUUGAAUGAUGUUAUUAUUUAAUUGUAGAUGUAUCCUGAUCAUGAAAUCACCAAUAUUGUAGAGACAUCUUAUUGGGUAACAAUCUCUGAAUGGCCAGAUAAGAAUGGUAAAAAGACACACUCUCAUAAAGUACGACCAUACAGAUGUAUUGUUGGCCCAUUCCAGAGUGAUGCUCUACUGGUACCACAACACUGCGUAUUUGACCACCAUCAUGAUACAGAUUUGUGUAUGGAUUUCGACUAUUGGAAUAACACUGCCAAUAAAAAAUGUCACGACCGUCAUGAUGGCAAAACAUUGAAAGAAAGUUUUGCUAUGUUAUUAGAAUGUGAACUUGAUAAAUUCAAUGGUGUUGAGUUCGUCUGCUGUCCUGAAAAGAAAGAUGACAAGAAAGUAGUAAAACCAGAUAUAUUUGAAGAAGAUAAUGAAGAUGAUUCUACUGAAGAUGAUGAUGAAGAUGAUGAAGAUAAUGUUACUGGUGAUUAUCCAGCUAUAUCAUCAGAAGAUGAGAAAGCUGAUCCUUACCAUGCCUAUCUUAAUAUGGGUAAAGUUAAAGGAGGAAGAAAGAAUGAACAUCAUCUGUUCACUGAAGCUCGUAAAGUCAUGAAGAAACAACAACGAGAAAAGAUGACUAAGUUAAUGAAGGAAUGGCAGGCUGCUCGAGACCAUAUUGAAGAAUUAAGAAAGACCAAUGCUGCUUUAGCUAAGAAAGUAGAGGUUGAAAUUACUGCUAAAUUUAAGAGACUGUAUAAAUCAAGUCAACAAGAAGACAAGGCAGAGAAAAUACAACUGGUAGCUUUACAUCAACAACGUGUACAAUCUGAACUCAAUAAUCGUAAACGUGUUAAUAUGGAUAAAUAUAUUGCUGCUUUACAAAAACAAAAUGUUCAUAAAGUAUUGAAAGCAUUGAAAGCCUAUAUUAGAGCUGAAGAGAAUGAUAGAAUGCACACUGUUAACCAUUAUGAACAUACAGUCUAUACUGAUAAAGAGGAGGCUAAGAAAAUCUACCCUCACAUGCAGGAACAUCUUGAUCUCAUCAGCCAAAGAUUAAACCAAACUAUGGUAAUGUUGGCUCGAUUCCCAGAAAUUGAACGUCAAGUCUUACCCGAUAUCCAGAAAUUCCGUCAGAGAUACAAGGCUGUAGACCAAUCUAUUCUGAAUAUUGUUAUGGGACCACCAGAAACAGAGAUUAAAGUUGAAACAUCAAAACCUAAAGAAGAUGAAACUGUUGUUGAAAUCACCAAUGAAAGUUCUGAACCUGUAGUUGUUAAUGAAUAUGAUCCUAACAGUGAAACUAUUGAAGAUGAACAUACCUACCAUUUUGCUGCUAAUGCUAAAGAUGAUACAGUUGGUGUUGACCAGGAUGUAAAUGUUGUGUCUGCUGUAGCCUCCAAUAAAGUUGGUAGUACAUUCGGUAUCGCUAUUGGUAGUGUGUCUAUUUUUGUUAUCAUUGUUGUUGCUAUAGUCAUGUUGAGACGUAGAACAUCACGAUCAUCUGUAACCCAUGGUUACGUAGAGGUAGAUCCAGCCGCCUCACCAGAGGAACGACACGUAGCCAAUAUGCAGAUGAAUGGCUAUGAAAAUCCAACAUAUAGAUAUUUUGAAAUAGCUACAUAGAAUUUGGAACAUAAAUGCUUCACUUAAAAUUCACUUACUUCAAAUUUGGGUCGUAACAAUUCAGUUAUACACAAGCUUUUGAAAGAUGUCGAUGUAGCUAAUUUUCUAAAUGUAUUGAAAAUUGAAUGAAAUUAUCUGUAUGCUAUAGCCUAUAAUUAUCAAAAAAAGAGUUUCUUUUAAUAUAAAUUUUGGUUUAAUUGGAUAUACAUAAUAAGACUUCAAAUUAUCCAUCAAUUUCUUGUAUAUAUGUUAUUUUUAAAUGUAUGAUCAACAUUAUUGCUUGUUAAGUAUAUUUUAACCAAAUAUUACGGUACUCAAUUUUUAAAACAAGUCAUUUUUAUCUUUUAAUUUCCAACGAAGUCGUAGUGUUUCUUUAAUAAGAAUUCAAAUGGUAGUGGACAGUCUGAUAGAAGUCUCAAUUUUGCAAGUUAAACCUGAUAGAAACUUAAUACCUUCAGUGGUACAGAAUAGAUCAAAGGAAAGAUUUCAUUACAGCGAAGAUUCACCUUAAGAUGUCCGAACAGGGUGCUAGAAUGGAAGCAGAUUUUAACAGGAAUGAUGUGAAGGAAAUGAAUGAUAACAUUGUUUGAAACUGUUUCCAUACUGGCACCUGGGUUUAAGUUUUCUGGGUCAAAUUUCAAUAACUCUAAACUUACAAUGAUUUAUCUGAUCAUUAAGUUAAUUUUGGAAAUUUGGACUAGAACACGAGACACAACUAGGUUACCACUGCGACUUCUCCCACCAUUCAUUGUACAUUAUCACUUUUAGAUUGGAUCUGUAAUAAUGUGCACAUUGUUUUUAAUGGUAGAUAUUAUAUGUUGAUUUAUAUUGUAUACUCAGUGGUUUCUAUUUAUCUUAAUAUAUCAGUAGUUAGUCAACAAUUUAUUAUUAUCUUAGAGUCAAGACUUUUCAGGUAUUUUGGUGAAUUUGUGUCAAUGUUUUACUAAAUUUUCAGUAUAUGAAAUUCAGCUUUUUGAAAUUCUGUUAAUGACUCGUAACUUUGGUAUUUUUUUUAUAAAUAAUCAAUUCUCAUUGACAGGAUUAACAUUGAUAUUUUUUAAUCGAUGCCGAAGGCGAUACAAUAUUUCCUUUUUUAUUUUUCAAGCUUUUAUAGUGUUGUAACGUUAUAUAUAUAUAUAAUAUGUGUUCAGUGUUACGAUUUAAAUAAUAAUAGUAAAAAUAUUUAUCCAGUGUUAACACAAGAACAUAUUAUCUAGUAAUUUAUAUAUUUGAUUUAUGCAUUUCUCCACAAUUUUAAGUUUUGGUUAGUUCUUGCAUUUUUAAAUUGAUUUUCAAAAUUAUUAUGAAUUCAUGCCCUUGAAUAGAUUUUGUCAAAUUGUGAUUGAAAUACUUUUGGAUUUAAAACAGUUUUGUUAUAGUUCAAUAGAUUUGAAGUCUGUGGCAGAUCUAGAGCUUAAUAUCAAUUGGAAAUAAAUCUACAGCAUGAUUUUAAGAGAGGUAUGGAUCAACCAUUGGCUCAAUGCUACCAUCAAAAGGGCUCUCAACAUUCCAUUUUUAAGUGAUUGACCAAUCAGGUUGUGUUGUGAUGAUCAUGUGAUAUCUUUUUGUACCUUUAGCUUUGUGAUUGGUCAAUUAUUAUGUUUAUAUGCCAUUCCAUUGGCUGAACACCUUGUUGACACCUGUCCUAGACACCUAAAUUAAGUCAUUUUUUUAGUCAUUUAUUUCAAUUUGUGACUUUAUUUGCUGUAGAUGAUUCACUCUUCUAAUAAACACAUUUACAAAAAUU